AUGUUCAGUUGCGGAGGAGCCCCAGGUGCAACGAGCGGGCGUUUUGGUGCAGCAGUACGCACGCUCGUACCGGUUUCUCCUCAGGAGGAAGGCGUGCACUUCAGAGCGCGCAGAACAAGAAGAGCGUCGCGUUUGGGUUGUCAACCACGCCGGGGGCUGUUGAUGACUUUUCCGUGGCUGCAGCCCGUGCCGGCGCAAGUACUGUUCGUGCAAAACCGUUCCGGAGUGGCGGUUCAACAAGUGCUCGCCAGUCGAACGGGCGGCAGUGUCGGCGGUUGGAGCCGUUCAGAGUCGUCUGGCACUGGUCCCAGUGAUACAGUCCUCCCUGGUAGACCAAGUCGCCAGGUGUACAGACAGGAAACCACUGGCGACCUGAGCUUUUCUGACAGCGAAGGAACAGUGAGCGUCCAAGUGCCUACGGCUCGUGGUCCACGAACCGGCAACUCGUUUCCAUGGGAGAUAGCGAUUUUCGGUAGCGUCAUAGCUGCUUCGACCCUGAAAAGUCGCGGUGACCGGACCAAGCGUGGGAUAAGCUUCCAGCCGGGAAGCAUAGCCGUCGCUCGACUAUUGGUCGCGCUUCGAGGCGAAGCUCGAGACUUUGUCCGUCCCAAACUGCAAGCCCUAGCUGCAGAGCUAGACACAACGCAACCACGAGAUCUUUGCCAUCUUCUCCGCGACGCUACGCUCUUGCUUGAAAGAGCCCGCGAGACCGGCGAGGGAUGGUACGCAUCUGCUCACGAUGUGCUAACCUUCGAUGCAUCUGAAGAAUCGGCUGCUGAAAGCUCCUUUCGUCGAAUGAGCGUGCAGAUUAAAGCGAAUUGGCGUGAAGACACCGUCCUGAACUUGGACGGCGUCCGCCGAAUUCAUUCAGAUGAAACUGGAGAUGCAAAUAAUGCGCCUGGGGAGGAAACAGAGCCUGAUAGCUUCCUCGUGGUGGCGCUUCUUGUCGCGAUCCGGAACCUCACAGGUGUUGCGCGCUCCAGCGGCCAUGUCUUGGAGGCGCUUCAUGGUGUCACGGAAGACGACCUGCUUGCGGUGGAGGUUCUCUGGACCCCUGAUCGACCGAACGACACGCUCACGGAGGAAGAUAUGAUAGCGCAGUUUCCCGAACUAGUCCGGCUCAGCGUGGCGCCGCUCUAG